ACAUGCCUCCUCCCCUUUUUGGUCCCCCCUGUCCUGUCGAUUUUGACCGUCCCAGGAGGUACUUGGACUCUUUCUGCGGCGAGGUUCGUCAUCAACUGCGGCUCGCCUUUCCCAUCAUCCUGAUGAAUCUGUUAUGGCAGGCUCGGUUCUCUGUCGCGACCGCCUUCCUGGGAUCCCUGGGAACCGUCAAACUGGCUGGAGGCGCUCUGGCGAUCGUGAUUGCGAACCUGACCGGCUUCUGUCUGCAAUCAGGCGCCUCGGUCGGGAUCGAGAUCGUUUGCGGCAAGGCGUACGGAGCAGGAAGACGCGAAGAACUUUCGUUGACGCUUCAGCGAGGAUCGAUCAUCCUGGGCAUGCUGAGCGUGCUGACCGCGGUUCUUUGGCUCGCGGCGCCGGGUAUCCUUCUGGCGAUGGGCCAAGAGCGCGAGGUCGCGGUGGAGGCGGGGAGAUUUCUGAUAAUGCUCUUGCCGGAUCUGGCAGUUUGCGCGGGAGUGAACGCCCUGGGGGCCUUCCUGCGCGCGCAGAGCAUCAUUCGGCCCAUCGCCAUCGCCACGGGGCUGGCGCUGGGGCUGCAGGUGGCCGCCACCUGGGUCCUGAUUCACGUCCUGGAGGCGGGAUCUGCAGGCGCGGCAUUGGCACUCUUUCUGUCCGACUCACUCAUCUUCCUCUCCCUCCUCUUCGUGAUCAGCAGGCACUACAAGUCGAGAUGGACGGGCAUCUCCAGCAAGUGCUGGAGCAACCUUCGGCCUCUGCUGUCGCUGUCUCUUGCCUCCUGCUUCGCUAUCGGUCUGGAGUGGUGGUGCUACGAGCUGGUGACGGUUCUCGCCGGUCUUCUUCCCGACAAGGCUGUCAGUGUGGCCUCCAUGUCCAUAGCUUCCAGCCUCUCCUUCCUCUACUACAUGGUGCCGUUCAGUUUGAUCGACACCGCCAGCAUUCGGAUCACGAACGAGCUCGGCGCGCAGCGUGCCCUGCAUGCGAAGACGUCGGCCAAAGUCGGCGCCUUUCUUGCCGCCCUAGGAGGGGUGGUUGGCCUCUCGCUCAUCCUCGGCCUGGGAAGGGUAUGGGCGUCCCUCUUCAGCGACGAUCCCUCCGUCAUUCGGGAUGUGGAGGCCAUGGUGCUGUUCGUGGGACUGGCCGCCUUGGGAGAGGGGUCAGCCAGCAUGGCUUCGCAAAUAGCCAGGAGCACGGGAUGGCAGUCCGUGCCUGCGGUGGUCAUACCCAUCACUUUCUACUGCCUGGGGCUCCCCCUGGGGGUCUGUCUGGCAUUUCCUGCCCGUCAGGGAACCAAGGGUCUCUGGAUGGGAGUGAUCGCUGCGGAGUUCAGCACCUUGGCUGUCGUUGGGACGUUCGAUCUGUUGGGCAUUCGAUGGGAUGGAUCUGCUGCAGCGGCAGCGGCAGCGGCAGCAGCAGAGAAAGGGGGUGCCAGCUCAGCGAUUCAAAUGGAGGGAGCGACGGAGAAGGGCCAGACGACGACAAAAGAGGAGAAGAUCUUCGUGUAGGUAGCCCCCGGGGCGGCCGUGCUUUUUUUUGGGGGGGKGGGGGGGGGGGGGGGGGGGGGGGGAGGAGGGGAGUCCAGCCCCUCUAAACACACUGCGAAGAAGCCGACUAAUGGCGGUUGCCAGACGGCACAACGAAACGAGUGCAUCUUCCCGCACAAAAUGGCCACGUUCAUCGGUUUGCUAUAAAUAGUACCGACUGUAUUUUGCCAACCUUUCGCUGGCAGAUGCACUCGUUUCGUUUUCGUUUUCGUUUUCGUUUCGUGUGCCGUGUGGCGAGUCGCUAAGUGCAUCGUCGCACCACUCUCGAAAUGUGCAAAAUGAAAAUGAACCUUCCGC